UAAGCGAGCAGUGAAAGUACUUGACGGCGCAACAGCAAACAGCUGAUUUUUAAAAUAUUACAACGCAAUUUCGUGCCUUCGAUUUUUGCGUUCUAGCCUAUAACAAGUGUUACAAAGUAACGGAAAAGUUUUAACAACUCUAAAAGCAAUAAUGUCUGCAUCACCAACUGCGCGUCAGGCCAUCAAUCAUGCGCUGCCAAUGGCCAUGGCCAAAACAAAGAAAAUUGUAGUAACAGAUCCCAUACAAAUGCCUGAAGUUUACUCAUCUACACCUGGCGGCACCAUAUACUCCACCACACCUGGCGGCACCAAGCUUAUCUAUGAACGAGCAUUCAUGAAGAAUCUGCGCGCCUCCCCGCUCAGCCAAACGCCACCCAAUAUUCCCAGCUGCCUAAUGCGUGGCACUCCCCGCACUCCGUUCCGCAAAUGUGUUCCCGUGCCCACGGAUCUGGUGAAGCAAACCUCUUCACUGAAAAUCGAAGAACAAGAACAGUUCCAACUGGAGCUGUAAACAACAUAACCAGCUCUCCAUGCAGCAACUGCCCAAAUCACACAUCAAUCUAGUUUUAGUUACUGAUCUUCUUAGAAAUUAGUUAUCAUCUCUUUAAACUUUCUAUCAGCAUAUAGCUCUUAAGUUUGUAGUCAUAUUGACUGAAUAUGUUUUAUAAUUUAAGCUCAAGUCAAAACAAGAAAUAAUAAAAAGUAUUUUAUUACUAUUUAUUUAAAAACUAA